GAGUACAAGAUUAGCGGUGAUAUUAGCACGGCACAGCUUCUGGACCCGAACCUGCAGCUCAACACAUUUCUUUUGGCAGAAAACGAAGGACAUAGAGAAGAAAAUGGCAAUCUACCAUGUGAUCACUCUAGUUCUCCUGGCUCUCCUUGGCUACAAGGAUCACAUCACCAGCACCUCCUGCCCAGCUUUAUGCCAGUGUUUCUAUGAAAAAACUGUAAUUUGCUCAGAUCUGCUGUUGAAGGCUUUACCAGUGGACAUUCCCUCGCAGACACAAGAGCUUCUUGUGUUAGCAACUGGUCUGAAAAAGAUAACCAUUCAGGAGAAUCUGCAAAACCUGACUAAACUUGUAUUAUUGAACAAUCCAGUGCAUGAACUCUCACCUGACGCCUUUAAAGGUCUGACAAGUCUAACGGAGCUGGAGAUUAGCGGAAGUCCUAUCAUGGCCUUAGAAGCUGGAAUCUUCAAUAAUUUGGACAAACUUACCAAGCUUCUACUCAACAACAACAAGAUAAGGAUUAUAGCACCAAGCAUUUUUGACUCCCUUGAGAAACUUGAGAGACUUCAACUGAAAGGAAAUAUACUUAUAGAUCUGCACAGGGAUCUGUUCCAAAAGCUCCACAACCUCCAAGAGCUCAACUUGUCCUCCAACAAGAUUACUACAAUACACAUAAUUCAUCUGAGAAAUUUGCAGAAGUUGGAUUUAAGUAUGAACCAGUUUACCGAACUAUCCCUAGAUACCUUCAGUGAAAAUUCUACGCUGCAAAUUCUGUCCUUGCAGGCUAACAAGAUCACCAAUAUCAGUUCUGGUGUCUUCAGCCAACUGAAAUACUUGGAGGAACUGAACCUCAGAGAUAACAAAAUACUGGCACUGAGUGCUGGAUUAUUCCCUUCCAAUCUGAAAAAGCUCACACUCCGAGGGAACUCCCUGAUCCAGCUAUCAUCCACUGCAUUUACUGGCCUUCAUAAUCUCACUCAUCUGGAUUUGUCUCAGAACAGCUUAUCUUCUCUUCCAGCAGAGCUUUUCCGGAAUCUUUCCACUUUAGAGGUUCUGAACUUGUCUGACAAUAUGAUUCUGGCGUUACCCAACACUCUGUUCAGAGGACUGUUCCAAAUCAGUGCCCUUUAUUUGCAGAAAAACAACCUAACCUCGAUAGGAGCGGAGCUUUUUAAAGAUCAGGGAAGGAUGUCACGCCUCAGCUUGGCCAGGAACAGACUGGAGAACCUGCCUGACAGCAUGUUUGACCUGUUAGACUUUGAGUGUUUGUUGCAUCUCCAUGGCAAUCCUUGGCGCUGCGAUUGCCACCUAAGGUACUUUCAUGAGUGGUUGUAUUAUAGCAACAAGUCAGUAGUCGACCUGAGCCAGGUUUACUGCGCCGAUCCCCAGCCUCUCAGGGGAAUGAGUCUGACCACAGUGAACACGGAGCAGCUUGUUUGCCUAAACAGAUCCAACUCCAAAACAGGAAGUACCAUAUACCAGGCCACCAGUGCUGAAUCUGACAAGCAUGCAGUCUUUAAGGAGCCAACGGCAUCAUUGUUGUUAGGUGCAAGCUCAUGAAGUGCAAUGAUUUAAAGCUUUACAUCCAUUUUCAGCAGCCUGGUGGAUAUAUUCAUAGAAGUCUCAGUACUUUUUUGCCUUUUAGAGUCUUUUCAGUGCUUAAAUGACACAGUGAUACUUAAAUGUAUUUAUUUUAUUUUUAUUUGUUAGUUUUAAUAAGGCUUCUUCAAGGGCUCCUAAAACAUUAAAACAAAAUAGCUGCACCAAUA